AUGCGUCUCUCCAUCAUUGCAGUUCUUCCUCUCGCCAUUGCGGCCCCCGUCGUUGAGCCCGCUCCUCUCCUCGAGGCCCGCAGCGCGCAGACCAUUGCCGGCAAGUUCAUCGUUAAGCUUAAAGACAGCUCGACGAUUGGAAUCAUGGAGGCCAAGGCCAAAGUGCCCAAUGCCGAGCACGUCUAUCAAGAGGUCAUGAAGGGAUUUUCUGCCACUCUCAACAAGGACGAGCUUGAGCGACUCCGCCAUGACCCCGAUGUCGAGUUCAUUGAGCAAGAUGCCAUCGUCAGCAUCAAUGCCAUCACCCAGCAGCCCGGAGCUACCUGGGGCCUAACUCGCAUCUCGCACCGCCAGCGCGGCAGCACCUCAUACGCCUACGACACGAGCGCUGGUGCGGGUGCCUGCGCCUAUGUCAUUGACACUGGUGUCGAAGACACUCACCCUGAGUUCGAAGGACGUGCCAAGCAGAUCAAGACCUUUGUCAGCGGUACCCGUGACGGUCACGGCCACGGCACGCACUGCUCCGGCACGAUUGGUUCCAAGACAUGGGGUGUGGCAAAGAAGGUGUCCAUCUUUGGUGUCAAGGUGCUCGAGGACAGCGGCUCGGGCUCGCUCAGCGGUGUCAUUGCGGGCAUGGACUUUGUCGCCUCGGACCGCCGUUCUCGCAACUGUCCCAAAGGUGUCGUCGCCAGCAUGUCCCUCGGUGGUGGCUACUCGGCCGCUGUCAACCAGGCCGCCGCGCGCCUGCAGUCCUCUGGCGUCUUUGUUGCCGUCGCCGCCGGCAACGACAACCGUGAUGCGGCCCAAACCUCACCCGCGUCAGAGCCAUCUGUCUGCACUGUCGGUGCUACCGACUCAGCUGAUCGCCGCUCCACAUUCUCCAACUUUGGUCGUGCUCUUGACAUCUUCGCACCUGGCACUGGCAUCACCUCCACCUGGAUUGGUGGUCGCACCAACACCAUCUCUGGCACCUCAAUGGCCACUCCCCACAUUGCCGGUCUCGGAGCCUACCUUCUGGCUCUUCAGGGUGGCAGUGCUGGAACCAUCUGCUCUCGUAUCCAGUCUCUCUCCACCAAGAACGCCAUUACCAACGUUCCCGCAGGCACCGUCAACUACCUUGCCUUCAACGGCGCCACCUAG